GUCCCUCCGCCCGACACGGGCUCCACUCCACUCCCCUCCCUCCUCACGCUGCUGCCGCCCUCCGUCUCCGCGGGCGACCACCUCCGUGUGCCCUUCCACCGUCUCCCACCACUCCCCACCCACUCGGUCGCUCGCUCGCUCGGUCGGUCGGCCACCCUCGGCUCAGUCACAGCCCCCAGGGCUCCUCGCAACAGCAGCAGCAGCCAUCAUGAGAUCCCAGCAGCUGGUGCUGUUGCUGGCGGUGCUGCUUGGCUCGUGCGAUGCAGCUUGGGAUUCGCCAGGCAAACAUCGUGGCGGAGCUUGCGCCGAGCCCUCGGACAACAAACUACGGAUGCAGCUUAGGAAACUGGAGCCCACGAUCGCCCCGGGAUUCGGAGGGAGCGGGGAGAGCAGCCUGCUGGUGGAUGGCACCGAGGAUGUACAGAGGCGUUCGUGCCCAUCUGGAGCAACCGGUGGCAAAGGAAAAGACAUCAAGGAUCGCAGUGUUUCUCCCUGGUCCUUCACGGUGAACCAAGAUUCCUCGCGUUACCCUCGCCGAAUAAAGGAGGCCUACUGUCUGUGUGAUGGGUGUCUGCUGGGCCACGACGGACAAGAGGAGCGCAGCGUGAUGAGCGAGCCCUUCUUCACUUCCAUUCUGGUGCUGAGACGCACGAAACGCUGCCAUCACGGACGCUACGUUUACAAGCCGGACCUCGAGACAAUUGCUCUCUUUUGCACAUGUAGUGCCUAGCAGAGAUUCCAGAUCCCGUGGAUUGCCAUUCUCCCCCACGGCAGGAGAGGAGGACCUGUGGGAUGCAUUAGCAGUGCUUUUCAAUGUACCUACAGGAAAUCCACUAUGCACACAUUGUGGUAGGAAAAUAGAAUGCAUUGGUUAGCAAGCAUUUAGAUUUUUUAAUCAGCAACAAAGAGUAAUAAUGGGUUUUACAUCUUUAGAGUUUUGCUCAUGUUAAAACAGAUGUUAAUGCUGCUUUGGUCAUUCAAGGGACAGUUUGUUCUGUCAUGUAUAAGUCUUCCACGGAAGAAAAAAAGUUACCUUAUAAAUGGAUAUUGAUUGGGUUCCGGUGUUUUUAAUCAGAAAAUAGAACCUUUUUGUAAUAUUUUUUUUAAAUAGACUGUUAAGUGGAAAAAAAAUAUCUGUACAUUUAUGAAAUGAUUUAAACUUUCAUUUGCAGAUUAGUAACCAUCACAUGCAAUUCAUGUGCCAGUUGAAUAAAGUACUUUUUAGCCCAACAGU